UUUACUGAUUCAUUUCAUCGUUCACUCCCACAAUGCACAGAGGGACUCCAAAAUAAGGAGAUUUUCAGGUGUCAUGACGCUAGGCUCUCACGCCUAAACACUACAAAUAAAACACUGCUUUCAGAUCGAAUUAAAGAGCUCUCGGUAAAGAGAAGAUCCUACUGAUGUCCAGCUAACCGAGAUUGGAGAAAUUAUGGCAGCUAUUCCGACCAUCAUGGCAGCGUCAGAGCUCUACACAAAGUAUGCUCGGGUGUGGAUCCCUGAUGCAGAGGAGGUGUGGAAGUCGGCCGAGCUCGUGAAGGACUACAAACAGGGAGAUGGUGUCCUACGCCUGCAGCUGGAGGAUGGAGGGGAAAUUGAACACAAGUUGGACCCCCAGACCAAGAAUCUUCCACACCUGCGAAACCCUGACAUCUUGGUGGGGGAGAAUGAUCUCACGGCUCUCAGCUACCUGCACGAGCCAGCCAUUCUGCACAACCUUAAAGUGCGCUUCAUUGAUUCCAAGCUCAUCUACACAUACUGCGGUAUUGUUCUGGUGGCCAUCAACCCCUAUGAGAGUCUGCCCAUCUAUGGAUCGGAUAUCAUUAAUGCCUACAGUGGUCAGAACAUGGGUGACAUGGAUCCACAUAUAUUUGCCGUGGGAGAGGAGGCAUAUAAGCAGAUGGCGAGGGACGAGCGGAAUCAGUCCAUCAUUGUGAGCGGGGAGUCUGGCGCUGGUAAGACGGUCUCGGCCAAAUACGCCAUGCGAUACUUCGCCACGGUCAGUGGCUCAGCCAGCGAGAACAAUGUGGAGGAGAAAGUGCUGGCCUCCAAUCCAAUUAUGGAGUCGAUUGGUAACGCCAAAACAACGAGGAAUGACAACAGCAGUCGUUUCGGCAAGUACAUUGAGAUCGGCUUUGACAGGCGCUUCCAUAUCAUCGGAGCCAACAUGAGGACCUACCUGCUGGAGAAGUCCAGAGUGGUGUUCCAGGCGGAUGAAGAAAGGAACUACCAUAUCUUCUAUCAGCUGUGUGCCUCCUCCCAUUUACCUGAACUAAAAAUCCUCAAGCUACGCAGUGCAGAUGACUUCCACUACACCAACCAGGGCCAGAACCCCGUCAUCACUGGAGUGGACGAUGCCAAGGAGAUGUCCAGCACCAGACACGCUUUCACGUUGCUAGGUAUCAACGAAUCAUAUCAAAUGGGAAUCUUCCAAAUUCUUGCUGCAAUCCUCCAUCUUGGAAAUGUGGAAGUGAAAGACCGCGAUUCAGACAGCAGUAUGAUCCCGCCCAACAAUGGCCACCUUACAGUAUUUUGUGAGCUUAUGGGUGUGACCUACCAGGACAUGUCACAUUGGCUCUGUCACAAGAAGUUGAAAACAGCAACAGAAACCUACAUCAAAACCAUCCCCAAGCUGCAGGCCAUCAACUCCCGGGAUGCCUUGGCCAAGCUCAUUUAUGCCAAGCUCUUCAACUGGAUCGUGGAUCAUGUGAAUCACUCCCUGCACGCCACCGUCAAGCAGCACUCGUUCAUCGGAGUCCUGGACAUAUAUGGGUUUGAGACAUUUGAGAUCAACAGCUUUGAGCAGUUCUGUAUAAAUUACGCUAACGAAAAGCUCCAGCAGCAAUUUAAUAUGCAUGUGUUUAAACUGGAACAGGAAGAAUACUUGAAGGAGCAGAUUCCCUGGACACUUAUAGAUUUCUAUGACAAUCAGCCAUGCAUCAACCUUAUUGAGUCCAAGAUGGGAAUAUUGGAUCUGCUGGAUGAGGAGUGCAAGAUGCCAAAAGGAUCAGAUGACUCAUGGGCCCAGAAGUUGUACAACACACACCUGAAGACAUGUGCUCUGUUUGAAAAGCCACGGAUGUCCAACAGAGCCUUCAUCAUUCAGCAUUUUGCUGAUAAGGUGGAGUACCAGUGCGAUGGCUUCCUGGAGAAAAACAAGGACACCGUGAACGAAGACCAGAUCCAUGUGCUCAAAGCAAGCAAGUUGGACCUCUUGGUGGAGCUGUUUCAAGAUGAGAAGGCCACCACCCCCACUGGAGCCCCCGCAGGGAAGCGUGUUCUUAGUGUCAAGCCUGACAAGGGCCGGCCCAACCAGGCCAGCAAGGAGCAUAAGAAGACUGUUGGUCUCCAGUUCCGGAACUCCCUUAAUCUACUGAUGGAGACCCUGAAUGCAACCACCCCCCACUAUGUACGCUGCAUUAAGCCCAAUGACUUCAAGCACGCCUUCACAUUUGACCCCAAGAGGGCGGUACAGCAGCUUAGGGCUUGUGGUGUGCUGGAGACAAUCCGCAUCUCAGCUGCUGGCUUCCCAUCCCGGUGGACCUAUCAGGAGUUCUUCAGCCGCUACCGUGUUCUAAUGAAGCAGAAAGAUGUUCUACCAGACAGAAAGCUGACUUGCAAGAAUGUUCUGGAACAACUAGUGCAGGAUCAAGACAAGUACCAGUUUGGUAAGACCAAGAUCUUCUUCCGGGCGGGUCAGGUGGCCUUCCUAGAGAAGCUCAGAGCUGACAAACUGCGUGUAGCCUGCAUCCGCAUCCAGAAGACCAUCCGCUGCUGGCUGGCCCGUAAGAAGUACCUGCGAAUGAAGAAGGCCUCCAUCACCAUUCAGAGAUAUGUGCGUGGACACCAGGCCCGCCGGCUGGCCAAGUUCAUGCGCAGGACUCGUUCAGCCAUCAUCAUUCAGAAGUACCAGCGCAUGUACGCGGAGAGGACGCGGUUCAAGCGCAAGAAGGCCGCUGCUCUCGCAAUGCAGUGCAUCCUCAGGGCCUACAUGGCCCGCCAGCAUUACAAACGGCUUCUGCGGGAGAACAAGGCGGUGCUGAUCCAGAAGAUGGUGCGAGGCUGGCUGGCCCGGCAGUGGUACAAGCGCUCGCUGGAGGCCCUGGUGUACCUGCAGUGCUGCGUGCGCCGCAUGAGGGCUCGGCGCGAGCUGAAGAAGCUGAAGAUCGAGGCGCGCUCAGUGGAGCACUUCAAGAAGCUCAACGUCGGCAUGGAGAACAAGAUCAUGCAGCUGCAGCGGCGCGUCGACGAGCAGAACAAAGACAACCGUGCGGUCAACGAGCGGCUGGCGGGCCUGGAGAACUCUCACGCCAUCGAGAGCGAAAAGAUGCGCAAAGAGGUGACUCGGCUGCGCACGGCUGAGGAGGACGCCAAGACCAACGCCAACAAGGUGACCUCCCUGCUGGAGGAGCUGGCCCGCCUGCGCCUGGAGCUGAAGACCACCCAGAGCGAGAAGAAGGUGAUCGAGGACUGGGCCGAGACCUACCGCGACGAGAUGGAGAAGAUGGUGUCAGAGCUAAAAGAACAGAAUGGGCUGCUGAAAAACGAAAAAGACGACCUGAACCGCAUGAUCAAGGAGCAGAGCCAGGAGAUGACAGAGAAGAUGCAGCGCGCCCUGCAGGAAGAGACCCACCAGCUGGAGACCGACUUGAACGAGGAGCGCUCACGCUACCAGAACCUCCUGACCGAGCACCUUCGCCUGGAGGAACGCCACGACGACCUCAAAGAGUCCCUCAGCGUGAACGUGCCCAAGCCUGGCCACAGGAGGACAGACUCCACUCACAGCAGCAACGAAUCCGAAAGCACCUACAUCUCGGAGUUUGCAGAGUCCGAGGAAGGAUCCCGUGGCGGGGAGGACAUGACCAGGGGGGGAGACAUGUCCACCUUCUUGAAGAUGCAGAAGAGAGUCACAGAGCUGGAAGGGGAAAAGCAUGGGCUGCAAAACGAGCUCGACCGCCGGGAGGAGCAGUUUCAGCGGGCUAGAGCUAGGGAUGAUGAGGAACACAAGAAGGCUCGCGGUGCUGAGCUGGAGUACGAGUCUCUCAAGCGCCAGGAGCUGGACUCGGAGAACAAGAAGCUGAAGCACGACCUGAACGAGAUGCGCCAGCUGCUGGGUGGCAACGCUGGUGCCAACACGUCAGCGCCGGGCUCGCCCGCCUACAAGGUGCUGCUGGACCAGCUCAACUCCUCCAGCGAGGAGCUGGAGGUGCGCAAGGAGGAGGUGCUGAUCCUGCGCUCGCAGCUGGUCAGCCAGAAAGAGGCCAUGCAACACAAGGAUGAGAAGGAGACGAUGACCGAACCCAUGGCCUACGCAGUGGACAUCCAUAAGAUGAAGGACGCUGGAGAAAUAACUCAGGCUUACAUGGGCCUCAAAGACACCAACAGGCUGCUGGAGUCUCAGCUGCAGACGCAGCGGCAUAGCCACGAUAACGAGGUGGAGGCUCUGCGUGGGGAGCUGCACGGCAUGAAGGAGGAGAACAACCGGCAGCAGCAACUGCUGGCCCAGAACCUGCAGCUGCCCCCCGAGGCCCGCAUCGAGGCCAGCCUGCAGCACGAGAUCACCCGCCUCACCAACGAGAACCUGGAAAUGCAAAAUACAGAUGACCCAGCCAAAUUUCGGGAGUAUCGAAUCAACGUUAUACGACGGAUGAUUGAUCUAAUGGAGCAGCUGGAGAAGCAGGACAAGACUGUCCGCAAGCUGAAGAAGCAGCUCAAGGUCUUUGCCAAGAAGAUUGGUGAACUGGAAGGGGGCCAGGUGGAGAGCGUGUCCCCGGGGCAGACGGUCGACGAGCCCAUCCGGCCUGUCAACAUCCCCCGCAGGGAGAAGGACUUCCAGGGCAUGCUGGAGUACAAGAAGGAGGAUGAGCUGAAGCUGGUCAAGAACCUCAUCCUGGAGCUGAAGCCACGAGGUGUGGCUGUGAACCUGAUCCCAGGCCUGCCGGCCUACAUCCUCUUCAUGUGUCUGCGACACGCUGACUAUGUGAACGAUGACCAGAGGGUCCGCUCCCUGCUCACCUGCACUAUCAACAGCAUCAAGAAGAUCCUGAAGAAACGAGGAGAUGACUUUGAGACAGUUUCAUUCUGGCUCUCUAACACAUGCCGCUUCCUACACUGCUUGAAACAGUACAGUGGUGAUGAUCAAUUCAUGAAGCACAACUCGACUAAGCAGAAUGACCACUGCCUGUCCAACUUCGAUCUGGCGGAGUACCGGCAGGUGCUGAGUGACCUGGCCAUCCAGAUCUACCAGCAGCUCAUCAAGUGCAUGGAGAACAUCCUGCAGCCCAUGAUCGUCUCCGGUAUGUUGGAGCAUGAGACCAUCCAGGGUGUGUCGGGGGUGAAGCCCACCGGUCUGCGCAAGCGCACCUCCAGCAUCGCGGACGAGGGCACCUACACGCUGGAAUCCAUCCUGCGCCAGCUCAGCGCGUUUCACUCCAUCAUGUGCCAGCAUGGCACAGACCCCGAGCUCAUCAAGCAGGUGGUCAAGCAGCAGUUCUACAUCAUCGGCGCCGUCACCCUCAACAACCUGCUGCUGCGCAAGGACAUGUGCUCCUGGAGCAAGGGCAUGCAGAUCAGGUAUAAUGUGAGUCAGCUGGAGGAGUGGCUCCGGGAGAAAAACCUGAUGAACUGUGGGGCCAAGGAGACUCUGGAGCCUCUGAUCCAGGCAGCUCAGCUGCUGCAGGUGAAGAAGAAGACGGACGAGGACGCCGAGGCCAUCUGCUCCAUGUGCAAGGCUCUAUCCACUGCACAGAUUGUGAAGGUACUCAACCUGUACACUCCUCUCAAUGAGUUUGAGGAGAGAGUGUCUGUGACCUUCAUACGAACCAUUCAGACCCGUUUACGAGACCGCAUGGAGUCGCCACAGCUCCUGAUGGACACCAAAAUGAUCUACCCGGUCACGUUCCCCUUCAACCCGUCCUCUCUGGCCCUGGAGACCAUCCAGAUCCCCACCAGCCUGAACCUGAACUUCCUGACCCGUGUGUAAGAGCUUCCCCAUGGCCUCAUGGCCCCACGGCCCCACGCCCCAGCCACACCUCACACACACACCCAGCACAGCUACUGUCCUCCCCAUCCAGCCAAAUAAAUUCUCAUUUAUUUAGCUUGUCUUUUUUUUAUUUUAAUUUUUAAUCUUUUUUCUUUUACCAGAAGCAGAUUCAGAUGUGUGUGUGUGUGU